AGUUUGAAAUACUAUUCUCAGUUAAAAAUAGUAAAGAUUAGUUUUGUGGAAAUUAGAUUCUAGAUAGAUAGUAUUUUAUUAUUCAGACUUUAUAAAAAGUCCAUUUCAUGCUUUCAAAUUUUCAAAUCAAUUUAUUGUUUUUUAUGGGGCUUCCUUAUUUCCAAGUACUAUUCUCUGAAAGUAGUAAAGAGUAGUUUUGUGGAAUUUAGAUUCUAAAGUCAGCCAAAAUAUUAUUCUCCAAACUUCAUAAAAACUCCAUUUCUUUUUUAAUAAUUUCCAGAUGUCUAGAAAAAUGUCUGAGAUUGUUCCCAUCUUUAAAUCAGGCGACAAAUCUCUAGUAUCUAAUUACCGCCUUAUUUCAAAACAUUCACAUAUAGGCAAACUGUUCGUGUCAUUAAUAUAUGAUAGUCUCAACCCUUAAUUACAACACCUCAUCAUUGAUUAGCAACAUUGUGACCCUUAAAUAUACAACAUCAAAUCUCCUCACUGUCCAAUCUGCAAUAAAUAAUUCAUUUAAAAGUAAUUACCAAAUGGACAUAAUCUAUACUGAUCUAUCUUAAGUAUUUGACAGAGUCAACCAUGAACUACUUAUAAAUAUGUUGGACUCCAUAGACUUUACUACUCCGUCACUAAACGGGUUCAAAUCUUAUCUUUCUAAUCAGAAACAAGUAGUGAAAAUAAACAAAUUCUUUUCAAAAGAAUUUGAUGCUAUGUCAGGAGUGCCACAAGGAGGACAUCUCUCACCAUAACUAUUUAAUCUCUAUAGUAAAGACGUGAAAUAUUACAUUAAAUUAGCAAUUUCUGUCUUUAUGCUGAUGAUUUGAAGCUUUAUAAACUCAUCGAAACCCUUCAGGAUAGUCUUGAUCUCUAGUCUGACCCGAACUCUACUCAUGAAUGUUGUCAAUGGAACUCAAUGACGCUGAAUAUUGAGGAACGUAAUAUUGUCACUUACACUUGUAAAAUCAACCCCAUUAAUUAAAGUAUAGAUAUUGGCUACUUUGGCAAAACUUUCUGAAAUCAAGGAUCUUGGUGUCAUUUUUGAUAAUUAAACAAGGUGAUGGCAAGCCCCAGCUAAUUUGCUUGGACUGUAUGACUAAAUUAAAUAUGUUUUAUGAAUUUCUUCAUCAGUGCAUUCAAGCUGAAAAAAAGCUCGAUUCAUAUGCUGACAAGUGUCAUCCACAAGAAGAGACUAUAUUAAAAAAUAUAAAUCACCAUGAUGUUAAUAGCUGCAUAUGGGUCAGCGAUCAAAGUUCUAAGACACAAGAGCCCUUGAACGUAGGCCUUGAAAAUGAAGGUGUUAUUGUAUUGAGCAAACUGGACUCAACUCUAAAUGAUUCCUCGGUUCAGGAUCUUGUCGUGAUGGUUGAACUCAAGUAUAAAGACAACCUGUCGUCAAAUGGGACAAGCAUUCUUGAGCUGUCGCCGAUGAAAUCAAUCUCAAACCCAGCAGAGGGACCAAGUUAUGAGACUUUAUUAGACCUUGAUACAAUUAAAGAAAAUAACAUUAUAAACUACAUGGGGGACCAGAAUCAUUUGAGCAUCGGUGAAAAGAUAAAUGAACAGAAAAAAGAAUCCAAUCAACCUGCUAAAGAUAAAGUUUUAUAUGAAUGUACUUAUUGUGAGAGAAAAUUCAACAGAAGGACAAGAUUGAAUUACCAUCUGGCCAGUCAUACAGCCAUAAGGCCACAUAAAUGCGAUCAAUGUGAUAAAACAUUUGCAAUGAGGUGGGAUUUAAACCUACACCAGAAAGUCCAUACAAGAACUUUUGCAUGCGAAUUAUGUGACAAAGUAUUUAUAACUAAGUCCAAACUUGAUCGUCAUGCCAGAGUACACACAGGAGAAAAACCGUACCCGUGCAGCCAUUGCGGUAAGUCUUUCGGCGAGAAACGGAACCUUGAUAAUCACAUCAGAACGCACACUGGUAUUAGGCCAUUUGUCUGUGCGAUAUGUGAAAAGACAUUUGCGAUCCGAUCGCAUAUGGUGGAACACUUAAAUAUUCACAAAAAGACACCACCUUUCAGGUGUCCUGUCUGCAGUAAAACUUUUAAGUGGAGGACGAAUUACAAAAGGCACCUUAGGCUACAUCAAGGAUACAACUGUAAAUAGAAAAAUUAAUGCAAAUUAAACUGCAUUCCAAAUGUUUUAAUUUUUAUAUAAUUUAUUAAAGAAAUUAGAUUUUUUAUGUUGUUUUAAUGUUUAAAGAUAGAUAUUUAGCUUAGAUAAUAUAUUUCCAUUACUAUCUAGUGCCAAAUCUUUAAUAUUAUAUUUUGGGACCAUAAUUUUUUUUUAAAUUAGUAUUUAUAAUGUAGCACAAUUAAUCGGUGCUUUUUGAUGUUUUUGUUGAUUUUGGAAACUUUUUAUCUAUUACAGUCAUAAAAGACCAAAUGUUUGUUCUUAUAUGUAAUAAAAUAUUUAUUGAUGUGAUAAUAGAAAAGUAAAUAUUUUUGGGGUUACCAUUAAAUUUAUCUAAUGGUUUCCAAUAAAUUUCUAUGUAUUUACAUACUUUACAGUUAAAUCGGCUGAGAAGAGACCUGAACAAGAAAGCCUGACUUAACUUAGGGACCGUAUCUCAUCUCAGAUUUAACAUUUCCAUUUAUAAUCACUCAUUAUCAUGUAUUAUAAUAAUUGAAUAUCAAAUGUUUAAAAUAAACUGUCUUUCAUCUCUAUAGAAUUUGACUUAAGAAUGAAAUGUACAUUUAAGAUCGAGGCUAAUUAUCUAUGAAGUUAUAGAACCAGGUUUGAAAGGUAUUGAUUUGCAAAUAGUAGAUUAAAAUUUAUUUAAAAAAAUUAAAAAUUAGAAUAUUAUAUUGUUAUAUACAUUUUUAAAG